CUAAUGAGUCAACCCCAUGAAGACCACCAUGUCCAAACACAACCACCACAGCAACCAGUGCCACAACAACACCAAUACCAACAACCAUUAAACCCCACUGCUCCUGGUGGUCAACCUGUAUUUGACUUGGGCAAGUUUUGGCAAGAAGAAAUGCAUAAUGCUGAGACUUUUGAUUCCGAUUUCAAAAACCAUCCUUUACCUUUAGCUCGCAUCAAGAAAGUCAUGAAGACAGACGGUGACGUCAAGGCGCCAAUCUUAUUUGCCAAGGGAUGCGAAAUAUUCAUUACAGAAUUAACAAAAAGAGCAUGGGUGCAUGCAGAGGAAAAUAAGCGUCGCACAUUACAAAGAUCCGAUAUCGCUACUGCCAUUUCGAAAACAGACAUGUGCGAUUUCUUGAUUGAUAUCGUGCCUAGAGAGGAAGCAACAAAGACCUCAAACACCGUCUAUGAUCAAACUGCUUAUGCAACAAAUAGUGCUGCUGCCGCUGCUGCCGCCGCUGCUGCUGCUGCCGCGACCUACUACCAACCUCAAUACGCACCCCCUCAGAUCGAUCCCAACUACUAUUCUCAGUUACCCCAGUUUACAACAGACCAAGUUCAACAGUAUCAAUUGCAAUUACAACAAUUCGCUCAACAACAGCAACAACAGCAACAGCAACAACAACAGCAACAACAACAACAACCAAACUUUGAGGCACCGGAUCAAAAGCCAAAGAUAGAACAACCUUAA